UUUAAAAUGAAGAAAAUUAGGAAGCCACGUAAGAUGAGGUGUGGGAGAGGUCUAUGAAAGAUGUAGGAAAAUCAUCCAUUUUUACCGGAAAACAUCCAUGUUUUUUAGAAAGAGAAAAUCAAGGAACAAAUUUCAGGUGGCAUGUAAUAGGAGACUAGCUGUUCAAGUGGAGGAGGAGGUAUGAAGGCCAGGCUAAAUAAUAGGACAGAAGUUGAAGUAUUGCCUUAGAGGCCUUGCUUAAAGUUAGGCAGCAAUCGGCUGACAGAUUCAAUGGGUGUAGCUUCCAUGUUGCAGUUUAAAUAGCUUCCACAACAGAGGGGAUUUCAUCAACCUUGCAGACAAGUUUAGACAGAACAAAACACAGCCAAAAGAAGAAGAUCAAUGGCUAUGAAUAUGAACAUCGCGAUCGCUACAAUAUCCUUGCUGCUCAUGUUGUUGGCAUCCGCUGCCAAUGCUGCAGAAUCCGCUAUCUUUGACGUGCUGAAAUAUGGAGCAAAGCCCAAUGGGGAUUUGGCUCCGGCAUUGACAAGCGCUUGGAAAGAAGCAUGCGAGGCAGGAGGUACAAUUGUGAUUGCAGAAGAAACAUACAAGUUAAGCGCAGUGAAAUUACAAGGGCCUUGCGGGGGUCCUGUUGAGAUUCAGCUUGACGCCACCUUACAGGCCCCGGCAGACGCCAACCAGCUCAAGGGUGCGGAUGGCAAGGCUUCGGAUGGUUGGAUCCAAUUUUACCGUCUCCAGGACUUCACUCUAUCAGGUACCGGAAUACUAGAUGGCCAAGGAGCUUCUUCUUGGAAGAAAAGAACAAGCUCCGCCGACAGUUUAUUUGCCACGAGUUUAAGGCUGGACUACAUCACAAAUGGAGUAGUCAAAGGCAUUACAUCCAAGGACGCCAAAAGUUUCCACAUUAACGUUUUGGGAUGCAAAAAGUUUACGAUUGAACACGUUACCAUCUCUGCACCUGCAGAAAGUCUAAACACCGAUGGAAUCCACAUUGGACGAUCAUCUGGGAUCACCAUUUCCGACACAACCAUUGGAACCGGUGAUGAUUGCAUCUCCCUUGGUGAUGGAAGCCAAGAUGUUACUAUCCAAGGAGUUAAAUGUGGACCCGGCCAUGGAAUCAGCAUAGGAAGUCUUGGCAAGUACAAGAAUGAAGAACCUGUAACUCAAAUCAAAGUUAUAGAUUGCACCAUGACCGGGACAACGAAUGGUGUAAGGAUCAAAACAUGGCCUGCCUCCCCUUCUGCCGGUGUUGCGAGCGAUAUAACUUUCAAGGGUAUUACCAUGAAUGAUGUCGCCAAUCCUGUCAUCAUAGACCAAGGCUACUGCCCAUACGGUCAAUGCAAAGCACAGGUUCCGUCUCAAAUUGCGAUUAGCAAUUUGAACAUCGAGGACAUUAAAGGCACUUCUUCAACCCCGGAGGCUAUUCAGAUUAUCUGCAGUAAGGGCACGCCAUGCCAGAACGUGAAGGUUUCUAACAUUGACCUUACAUACAAGGGAACAGCUGGGGCAGCUAAGAGCGUAUGUAAAAAUGUGAAACCCACGGUCACUGGCACGCAGAACCCUCCUGUUUGUCAAAGCGAUUAAAUAAAUUAAAAGCGCCAAGUCGAUCGAUCGCUAUAAGCAGUACAAGCAAGCAGAAAUAAAAUGGUUUGUCGAAGCUAAAUUGUAAUAUUCUUUUUUAACAAAUAUUACUGCUUGUGUUCUUAUGGUGA